AUGUCGCGGGGAAGUCAUCUUACAAAAGAGGAACAAGCUCAAAUUAGAGCAUUCAAAAUCGCCGGAUGGUCCAAUAGAAUGAUUUCGUCAAAAUUGAAACGAUCUCUCAACUGUAUUAAUCAAUUUGUCAACAAUCCGGAUCACUAUGAGCGAAUGAAAAACACUGGAGCUCCCAAAAAACUCACGGAGAGAGAUAAACGAGGGAUUGUUAGGUUGGCUUCGAACACAAUGAAAUCGUGUAAUGACAUCAAAAACGAGCUGGGUUUGAAUAUCAGUAAGACUACAGUUUGGAGAGCCAUAGACCAAUCCCCAGAAAUCGUUCGAGCCAAAUUGGUGCCAGCUCCGCGUCUCACACUUCGCCACAAAGACAACCGUCUUACUUUCGCAAAAGCCAACAUGGCCACAGAUUGGGAUAAGGUAAGUAAUUUUUCUAAAAACAUCAAAUAUUGAUGUUUUCUUGUUCAGAUAAUUUUUUCUGAGGAAAAAAAGUUUAAUCUUGAUGGUCCGGAUGGUUACAACUCAUACUGGCAUGAUAUCAGAAAGGAUCAACUUCGCUUCCCAAAGAGAAAUUUUGGAGGAGGACGGGUUAUGUGUUGGGGCGCAUUUUCUGCAGCUGGAACGUUAAAAAUAGCUUUUGUUUCAUUCAAGAUGGAUUCGUUAGAUUACCAAAAACCCUCCAUGACUAUCUUUUGCCAUAUUUGAGGCGGUUCCGGACCAGAAAGUUCACUUUUCAACAGGAUAAUGCUGCCAUCCACGUCAGCCAAUCAUCAAAAGAUUGGUUCAAAAGCCACAAAAUCAAAGUUUUGGAUUGGCCAGCGUGUUCUCCUGAUCUUAAUCCGAUGGAAAACGUAUGGGGGAGCUCGUUCGCCGAGUUUAUGCUCAAGGAAAAAAAUAUGAUACUGUGGACCAACUCAAAGAUGCCAUCGAGACGGAAUGGAAUAAAAUCGAUAAGAACUACCUCAAGAGACUUGUUGACUCGAUGCCAAAUCGUCUCUAUGAUGUCAUUUCUAAACAUGGAGGUCCAACUAAGUAUUGAUUUUCGAUUAUAUGUCUCCAAUGGGAAUUCUGGAUUAGGUGAACCUAUCGUUUUGAAACGCUAAAUUUUUGAAAUUUUUGAACUCCGGUCAUUUAUUUUUUUAUUAUUUGGUAGUUUCAGAUAAAAUUGAGUUUUCUUAGCUAAUUUUGUGUGCUCUUUUUUAUUUUUAACUCGGAUUGUUAUUACAACUCACACCUCGGCUGAUUUCAGAAAUUUUGGGGGUGAACCUAUCAUUAUGAAACGCACUGUAUUAAUUGCACGAUUGUGAUUUUUGAAGAAAUCUGAAGGAAAAGUGAGUUUUUCAACAUUGUUUUUAAAAAUUUGAGGUUUUGAGUUUGAUUCAAGUAAAACAAAUACCUUUUUUCAAUUUCCGAAGUUCUGAAAAAUAGCUGGAAAAUUGUUGUGAGACCCAGAAAGCCCUCAGAAAUCUAUAGAAACCGAAAUGGAGUUAGCACAACUCAAUGAUACAUGAAAAAUUUGAAUUUUCUGAUUUUCAGCUUGAAAUAUAGAUGGACAGUUGGAGUUCAAUGUCAAUAA